AUGGAUGAGCAUAUAUCAUUCGAUGUACAGUUUAGUGGCAGUGGAUUGCCUGUUACACUACCGCUUAAUGCUACUGUACUUGACUUGAAGAAUCAAUUGGAAGCAUAUACUGGUAUAGCAAUUGAUAGACAAUUGAUACUGAAUCUUACUGAUGUUAAGGAUAAUACACAACUUGCUUCGAUGGAGUUGAAUAAUGUAGAGAUGGUUGAAGUGGCUGCAAAGGAAGUUGACACAAAGGCCAAUAACGCGGAUGUUAAUGCCGAAGACAAUGCCAAUGCCAACGCCAACGCCAAUGAAGAGGUUGCCAACACAAAUGGAAAUGAUAACAACAACAACAAUAAUAAUGAUAAUGAUAAUGCCAAUGAAGAUGGUAACGCUGCCGACCGUCCAAUAGCAACAUCUGAUGAGAUUUUGGAAGAGUUUGAUGAGGAUGAUGGAGACUAUGAGGUAUAUCAAGGCAAUGGAUACGCAACAAACUUUAUGCCUGCUGCCAGCAGUGAUGCAAUGUCUGCUUAUGACCUGAUGAAUAUCAUCGAUCAACUGCCGCACAACAACUUUGCCGAGGAUCUCAAGGCCAUGGGUCUGAUCGUGCCACCAUCCUACGAGCACUCAUUCAAAGAAGCAUUGGCGCAUGGUAGAAAGACUGGCAAGCUGAUACUCACGUACCUCCACAACCCAGACAGCGACCUAGCGCAUACUUUCUGUUUGGAUAUACUUCAAUCCGAGGAGAUCAAACAAUAUAUUGCUGACAACUAUGUGUUCUGGGUCGGAACUAUCAACGCUGGCAUUGAGACAUUCCUCAUGUCACAGGAUCGUUUCGAGAGCUAUCCAAUAGUAGCAAUUGUUGGAAACUUCCGUGGAAGCAUACCCAAGCUACUCGAGGUCGUCGAGGGUAUCAAUGACAUCACCAAGUUCUACGAGUCAAUUUCAAAUCAAUCCAAUGCCAGCCAACGCGAGUUGACCAAGGUCAUGAUUGAAGAGGAGGAGAAGCAAGAGAAGAGAAAGUUGGUGGAGGAGCAGGAUCUUGCUUAUGAGGAAUCAUUGAAGGCGGAUAUUGAAAAGGCGAGAAUUCAAGAGGAGGAGAGGCAGAAGUUGGAGGCAGAGGCGUGGGCUGCAGAGGAGAAGAAGAAUGAAAGACUUAGCCAUGGCAAACUUGUACCAGAAGAGCCUGCCAAGGGUCCAGACUCCACACAUGUAGUAUUCAAACUUCCAAAUGAUGAGAGAUUGGAAAGAAGAUUCAAUUCAACAGAUACCAUAGAGACUUUGUCCAACUAUUUGGAUGGAAGUGGAGUUGAGUUUGGAUCAUAUCAAUUCAUAACAAUGUUCCCCAAGCGCGUUUAUACCAAGCAGGACUUCAAACUUACACUUAAGGAGGCAGAGAUACAUCCACAAUGUAUUCUGAAUGUACGAUCUGAAGAUGAUUAG